GCGCAGGAUGUUAGUACUACCAAAAUGUUUCAGGAGGAAUUGAGGAUCCUCACGAAGUAUACCGUGCCCGUUUUUAUUACCCAUCUUUUCGAAUACAGCCUUAUAAUGGCUUCUGUGGUCUCCAUAGGCCAUCUUUCAACUACCGCUCUCGCAGCUGCGACACUCGGGUCUAUGACUGCUAAUGUUUCUGGUUAUAGCAUUUUUCAAGGCUUUGCCAGUACUCUUGACACCAUGCUUCCCGGAGCUUGGACAUCCUCUCAACCUCAACUUGUUGGCUUGUGGUCUCAGCGCAUGGCUGUUGUGAUGGGUGCGACUUUGAUCCCUGUUUUUGUUAUCUGGUUCAAUGCAGAAUCUAUCCUCUUAUUAUUACAACAAGAACCAGAAGUAGCACAACUCGCUGCUCUAUACCUAAAAUGGUCAUCGAUAGGUCUCCCUGCCUAUGCGUUCAAUCUUAUAUCAAGACGCUAUUUCCAAUCUCAAGGUUUAUUUGCUGUGCCCACGCGUAUAAUUCUCGUAAUAGCACCAAUAAACGUGCUAUUAAAUUAUCUAUUUGUAUGGGGACCUGAAUCCAUUAGGCUAGGUUAUAUUGGCGCGCCUAUCGCCACAUCAAUAUCUUUCAAUCUUGUGUCCGUGGCCUCAGUGGUCUACGGUAUUUUCUUCGUUCCAAACACUGCUUGGCAUCCUUUGACAACACGGUCCUUCACUAGUUUGGGGGUCCUUGUGCAAUUAGGACUUGCAGGUGUUGGUCAAACUGCCUCAGAGUGGUGGUCUUGGGAGCUUGUUGGAUUGGCUGCUAGUCUACUAGGGCCAGUUUCCCUAGCGGCCCAGUCUGUCCUCCUAGUUUCUGCCUCCACUACGUUUCAGGCACCAUUUGCGCUCGGAGUUGCAACCUCCGUUCGCAUUGGAAACCUUCUGGGCGAGAGAAAGGCUAAACGAGCUGGGGUUUCUGCGAAUACAUCCGUGGUAAUGGCUGUUAUCAUUGCCUCAUUUUGGAGCGUCUUGUACCUUUCCUUCCGGAAGUCAUGGGGUCAUUUAUUCAAUGAUGAUCCUGAGGUGGUGACGCUUGUGGCUUCCAUUUUGCCCUUGGUGGCUCUCUUCCAAGUAUUCGACGCCGUUAGUGCUGUGACAGCCGGAAUCCUGAGAGCUAGGGGUAAACAAUUCACUGGCGCUCUUUUGAAUUUGAGCGCAUACUAUAUCAUAGGUAUUCCCUUCGGUAUCUGGUUAACAUUCAAGCAUGAUAUGGAAUUAAUUGGGCUGUGGGUGGGCCUCACUGUCUCAUUGGUAUAUUGUGCAGGGUGGGGUGUCUACCUUUGCCUCAAGACAGAUUGGCAAAGAGAGGUCAAAAAAUUGAUGGAUAGAUUGGCGGUGGAAACAAAGAGCAGUAACCAAGAUGCAGAGCACGGCGAGAGUUGAAAUGCGAAAAUCUAAUAUCUUAAAGUAACUGUUUAUAUCUUUGUUAAUUAUAUCUAACUAACAGGUCAUGUCAAUACAAACUUUCCUUGGAGUUGUUUAU